AGCGGCUUCCGUUUACGGCGUGCGUAAGUUAGUGAUUCACGGCUAGCUGGAAAACUAGAGGUAAUAAGUAAAAAACAAAUUCAUUCCGGGCAUCUGAAGGGUCCAAAGAAACGAGAUGAACAGUUUAAGGAGCUUGUUGCUGUGUCUGCUGUGCAGCCUGAGCUCAGUCAGCAGCCAGACUGUGAAGGACGGCUUCAUCGGGGAUGAGGUCCUGCUGCCCUGCAUCUACACCGGGCAGCUGCCCAAUGAGCUCAACGCCUUCUGGAGGGACAAAGACGACAAAAUUGUGUUGGACAUCAUCAACGGCAGAGAGAAUAAAACAGAUGCAAAGUUUAAAGGUCGAGUGUCCAGCUACCCAGAUCAAUACAAGAAGGGAAACCUCUCCAUCCUCAUAACGGACCUGAGGGCGAACGACGCCGGCUCGUACGAGUGCUUCAUCCCCAAUUUGGGAUAUGAGCGCAGACUGACUCUGAGGCUCAAAGAGAAACCAGCUGUUAAAGUAACGUCUCCUCGUCCUCCUCCGACUCCUGCUCCACGUAACGCAGCGGUACCCUCCUCCCUCCACCCGGCUCUCCUCUCUGCUCCUCUCUUUGUGCUGUUCUGCUCUUUAAAGUAGGCGCAGGUUUGAGUUUGUCGGGUUCAAGUAUCAUUCAGAAACUACAGACCAAAUAUAUCCAACAUAGAGCUGUUCUGAGUUAUUUAUAGAAAUGUAUCAAUGCUCUCAUUUAAAAACUGCAUCUUCUGCAGAGCAGUGCCUCUGCGCUGUGCUCACUCUCUUCAGUCUGUCCACUGCUCUGAGGUCAGCUCAGAUUAAAUCUCCUCCAACUGCUGCAUGUUAGUGAGCCUCCAAAGCUACCUCCACCUGUUUCAGUGCUGCAGAGGAAACCUGAUGGAACUGGUGUCACUGCUCACAGAGACGUCAGUCUCAUUCAGAGCUGACGGAGGCAGAGGCUUCCUGCUGAGUCCAUAACUAGUUCAUUAAAUACUGGAAAGCUAAGAAACAAAGAGCUCUUUCUCAUUUCAUUUUAAAACACGUCUACAGAUACACUGACUCUGUUUUCCCACCAAAAUCAAUAGUGAUUAGCUUCUUUUAUUUUGAAAAACAUCUGUAUUGUCUGAUGUUGGCAAAGCUCUCUAAGAUGCAGCAACAUCAGGACUGAGAUUUAUCCACUGAGUCACAUCAGUGUCCAGUGCAGUGAUACAAACAGUGUGAUGGAGCUGAUGAGCUGUGAAACAGCUCCAUUAUUCUUCAUAAAGACCCUGAUGACCUUUAACCCCUGUAAACAUUCAUAUCAGCCCAGAAGUCUGACUGUAAUUAAAGUAAAUCUGUGACAGGCUGAUAUGACCAAAGUCACCAUGUCAGGAUGUUCCUGCAGAAAACGCCUUUGAAGGCUGUUUGAACGUUUUAAUUCCUGCAGCAUUCACGCUGUGAUCACCUGGAGGAAGCUGCAGGUGUGCUGAUGUCACCACUUAAACAGGAAGUCCUGCUUUCAGUCUUAGCUCUAAUGUACCUGCAGACGGAUGCUCUCCUCAGAGCAUUGAUAUGAAGUUCUUUAAGGUCGUGUUCAUUUCAAAGCUCGUUCUGCUGUCACUCAGCACUGAGAGCAGUUUGAGUCCAACACUAAACGAAUCUUUAAAAACAGUCCAGGUCGGUUUAAAUCGUCCUCCACUGGAUGGCGCUGCGACAGUAAUAACUCCAGUCACACUGCAGCUAAUUUAAGACUGACUGAACCCUGAUUGGCUGAGAGCCUCUUAGCUCACAGAUCUCUGCAGAUCGUUGGCUGGUUUUAUUUCUGUUGCAGUGUUUAGUUGAAGUACAAUCCAUUAUUGAAGGGAGAGAAUUGUUUACAGCCAGGUUUAUGUCACCUUUAUUUAUUUAUUUAUUUGUUUGUUUGUUCAUUUAUGAACCAUAAAUAAAAUGUAAACAUGAAAAAUUUCAGAGGAAGCGCCCAAAGAAUAAAUCUGUUCAGUAAAACUCCAAAAAUCCACCAAAGUCAUUGAACUAAUUUUUACAAUCAGCACUGGAAACACAAACAAUAAAUAACAGCUUUGUUUGCUGCUUUAUCAUUUAUUAUUUACUGUUAUUGGCUAUAACUUUAACCUUAUUAACAUUAUUAUUGUUCUGCUGUUUGUCUGUAGUUUUACUUAAAUUACCUUCAUGAACAAAGUUCAAGCUAAGACUUGCUGUUUUUAUCUUUACAGUUAUUGUUUUUGGAAAUAUGCAUAAACUCUCCUGAAGGCUCACAGCGCCUCAGAAACAGUCGUGAUUGUUAUAAGCAGUCAUGAUUGUUAUAAGCAGUCAUUAUUGUUAUAAGCAGUCAUUAAGCUGGGCCUUGUUACAUCUAUGAAGGGAUCUUUAUGAGAGCUCAAACAUGAUGAAACCUCAGAUGUAAAUGAGAAAGUGGCACAAAGAGCUGAAACUGAUUAAUUGAUUAAUUGACCAACAGUUCAAAUCUUUCAUUGAUUAAUAAAAACUGGUUUUCAGGGUGGCAGCACGGUGGCGCAGUGGUUAGCACUGCUGCCUCACAGAUAAGAUACCAUCUGGAAGGCCUGGGUUCGAUUCCACCUUGGCCCAGGCCUCUCCCUCUCUCUGUGUGGAGUUUGCAUGUUCUC